UUAUGGCACAGGAAAGAGAGGAAAGGAGGAAAGGGAAGAGUUGAAAAGGCAGAGAAGUGUCUCGAGUGGUCCACAGUCCAGAGAGGAGUCGUGGAGAGAGGUGCGGAGGGCGAGAGAGACCCGAACACAGGGCCGGAGACAGAGAGUGUGAAGUAGAGUAAUGGAGGUCAGAAUGAACUCUCUGUGUGGGACCGAACUUCUCUUCUUGCUGGUACUUCUAGGAACAGAGAUAGAUUCUGCACAUGCACAGAACCGCUGCGAUAAAAAUACUCAAGUGAUGACUAAGUCAGAUUGCCAUUCUUGCUCUGUAAGUGCUCUAAUGAUGUGCCCAAAAGGAUACCACAAGAAAAACCCUGGCAAAGGGCAACAGGACUGCAGGUAUACCUUGAAAACCAUUUCCACCAUUUCCAUCCGUGGCUGUUCCCAUGAAUGUUACAAGGAGGUCGUGGAAGAGGGCUGCUGUCCAGGGUACUGGGGCAUCGACUGUGUUGAGUGCCCAGGGUCAGCUGCUAAGGCUUGCAGUAAUAAUGGACAGUGUUCUGAUGGCAUUGGGGGUAACGGCACUUGCAUUUGUAAAGCAGGUUUUGUGGGGACAGCGUGUGAGAAAUGUAAUGAGAAUCUGUAUGGACCCACAUGCAGUAAUGUGUGCUCCUGUAAGCAUGGUCUCUGUAACAGUGGGAUAAAAGGGAACGGUCAGUGCACAUGCUUUUCAGGAUACUCAGGCCUGAACUGUGACCGGGAGCUGCCAGACUGUGCUGCGCUGCGCUGUGGGCUGAAUGGAUUCUGUACUGAAGAUGUUUCUUCUGGAAAACUGAAGUGCCAGUGCAAGCCUGGUUAUGCUGGUGAUGGAAUGCAGUGCACCUCUGUUAACCCGUGUGUAAGGAGUGUGUGCCACCAGCAUGCGGUGUGUGUGCACACCGGACCCAACCAGCACACCUGCACAUGUGCAGAAGGCUAUGAGGGAGAUGGGCUGGUCUGCAUGGCCAUUGACCCCUGCCAGACGGACUUAGGAGGCUGUCCCCGUGACUCCACACGAUGUGUGUAUGAUGGACCUGGAAAGGCUCACUGUGAAUGUUUGCCAGGCUUUGACAAGAUGCCGAUAGGGGUGGGCUGCAGGCUGAGAGAUGUGUGUAGACCCGACUCCUGCCACAAGGAUGCAAAGUGUACCACGACAGCGCCAGGAAAAGUGGAGUGUACCUGUCUUCAAGGCUUCAUCGGCAAUGGAAAAAUCUGUGUUGGUAAUAUAAUGCAGCGACUUCAAGAACUAAACACACUUUCAAGCAGCCCCUGGACUGGUCAGCUGUCUAGCGCUAUCACACUGUUCGGAUCAGUCAUGUCCUGGCCCCUAAGCUCACUUGGACCCUUCACUGUGUUUGUGCCAAACAACAAGGCUUUCAAAUCAACAUCUGUAAAAACGCUUGUGGCAGACGAGGCGAAAGCUCGUUAUCUGGUGAAGAUGCACAUGGUGGCUAGAGAAGUGAACUCGGACGAUCUGAAGAAGGGAAUUCUCUAUUACACUAUGACUGCAAAAACUGCUGAGUCAGUAACUGAGUCAAACCAGGUGAAAGUUCGUAUUCACGGCAGCCGUCGGAAAGGGACCCUGGUGGAGUCAGAUAUUAUCGCUUCAAAUGGACUCAUCCACAUUAUUGAUAAAAUGUUGGACACAGUUCCUUCCACUGUAAUAAGUGACAAUCAGGAAAACUUGUUAAAGAUUCUCAUAGACAAUGGAAGGUUCUCCAAGUUUAAGUCUUUACUUGAGCAAGCCGCCAUGGCGAACAUGUUAGACGAGGCAGGUCCUUACACAGUGUUCGCUCCAACUAACGAAGCUUUCUCCUUAAUGAAAGAGGGGACUCUAGAGUACAUUAUGUCUGAUGAGGGUAAACCAAAGCUACUGGAACUCCUGCAGAACCACAUUGUGGCCUCUGUUCAGCUGACAGCCAGCUACAUCGUGUCAAACCCGCAGACUGAGUCCUUGGCUAACCAGGCCCUGAUGUUUAAUGUGACGGCUGCUGGUCAAAUACUGGUAAACGGAAUAGAUGUGGUGGAGGCAGACGUAGAGGCAAAGAAUGGCCGCCUGUAUGCGAUGAAUGGACUCCUAAUCCCAGCAUCCAUAGAUCCCAUCCUCCCUCACCGCUGUGACAUCACAGAGAACAGCACUUAUAGGGGUCCAUGUGUAAGCUGUGCAUUGGUCAGUAUGUCCAUGUGUCCAACAGGAGUCUCACUGAACACAUUUGUUCGAGGCUGUGUGUACAUAAAGAAGACGUUAGGAGUGAAUGUUCCUGUUUUGGGCUGCAGUCUGCUCUGCAAUGAGACUCGUACUAUCUCUAAAUGCUGUAAGGGCUUUUUUGGAUCAGACUGUUCUCCUUGCCCAGGUGGUUUCGAGGCACCAUGCUUAUCCCAUGGCAAGUGUUUUGAGGGUAUAGAUGGCAACGGCACUUGUCAGUGUGAGCCCAACUUUAAAGGAUUCCGUUGCCAGUACUGCGCCAAUCCCAACAAGUAUGGCCCAUCCUGCGACCAAACUUGCGGGUGUGUACAGGGUGUGUGUGAUAAUCGCCCUGAAGCUCAUGGCACAUGUAAGCCCAACUCCUGUAAGCCAGGCUUCGCUGGGCAGCUAUGUGAUAAACACGCUCAGCCCUGUGGACCCAACCAGCCGUGCCACGCCCACGCAGACUGCGUCUACAGUGGAGGAGCUCUGACGUGUGUGUGUAAACCUGGUUUUCAAGGGGACGGAUUCCAGUGUGUAGAGACUGACCCAUGUGCUUCACCUCCCAACGGUGGCUGCAGUGAAAAUGCCAGGUGUAUAAAGACAGGACCAGGUGUGCGCAGGUGUGAGUGUGUAAAAGGGUGGAAAGAGGAUGGAGAUGAGUGUCAGCCUGUUAAUAACUGUCUGGAGUCUUCCAGAGGAGGGUGCCAUCCCUUCGCUUCAUGCAUCUAUGUGGGUCCAGGACAGAAUUACUGUGUCUGCAAAAAGAAUUACUAUGGCAAUGGGAGAGACUGUGAGCCAAUCAAUGAGUGUGUAGAACAGAUUGGAGGAUGUCAUGAGAGGGCUAUUUGCUCGGAUGUGGGCGAGGGAAGAUUUCAGUGUGUGUGUCAGAGAGGUUACUCAGGAGAUGGCAGUGUCUGCUAUGGAACUCUGGUUCAGGAACUGGCAAACAAUCCUGACCUGAGUGGAUUCAAUACGUGGAUUAAUCGAGCAGACCUCACACAGCUGGUGUCCGAUUCUCAGAACAUGACUCUUUUCGUGCCUUCAGCUCAGGCCAUCGGCAAUCUGAGCAAAGAUGACCAAGAUUUCUGGCUGUCCAGUGGCAACCUUCCAAGUCUGCUCAAGAAUCACAUUGUGUCUGGGCUCUUCAGCCUGUCUGACUUGCGUAGCUCCCCCUCUCCUCAGCUGGUUUCCCUUUUGAAAAGGACACUUCCUGUUUCCUGGACUAAUGAGACCACCAGAGUUGCUGGAUCUACCAUUGUAUCAGGAGACAUGGUUGCAAAGAAUGGGUUUAUUCAUCUGAUUGACACUGUCCUGAUCUCUGAUCAUAAGAUGAGUGAGGGUUUACUUGAGGUGCUGGACCAGAGACCAGAGUUUUCUAUGUUCAGGGAUGCUCUAAUUAAUUUUAACCUGACUGAGCAGAUAGAGAAGUCCUCCGGCUUUACAGUGUUCGCACCUACAAACACCACCAUCACUGAAUACCUGAAGAGCACAGGCCAGGAUUCACUGUAUAUGAAUGUGACCAAGUACCACAUUAUCCUGGGGGAAACUCUGAGGCAGGCGGAUUUUCAGGACGGUCUGUUUAGAGAGACUAUGCUGGGCUUCUCCAGUCAGCUGGGGAUUUUUCAGAACGACAGCAAUUGGCUUGUGAAUAAGGCACCGCUGAUCACUACAGACAUAGAGAGCACCAGUGGAGUGAUCCAUGGGGUAUCUGGGGUGUUGAAAAUCCCUAAAAAUCGCUGUGAUGUAGUCGCCAUCAAGACUAUUCGGGGAAAGUGCAUGGACUGCUUCCAUCCACCCGAGAGCCGCUGUCCAGCUGGAACAGAGGAACUGAAGACGCUAAUAACGAGCAGAAAGUGUGCAUACAGAAAAAUGAAGCAAGGAAUAUUCAUCGGAUGUCAAGCAGACUGUCAGAAACGCAUCAUUAAGCGGAAAUGCUGCAAGGGAUUUUAUGGUGUUAACUGUGAGAACUGUCCAGGGCCUGAAGGUCGGCCAUGUUUUGAUAAUGGUGUGUGUGUGGAUGGGAUCAAUGGCACUGGUGUGUGUCAGUGCAAUCCCGGCUUCAACGGCACCGCCUGUGAAACCUGCGAGUCUGGCAAAUACGGCAUCCACUGUGACCAAGAAUGUAAGUGUGUGCAUGGAUGGUGUAAUGAAGGUCUUGAGGGGGACGGCUCCUGUCAGUGUGAGGUGGGAUGGAGAGGAGUUUCUUGCUCUGUAGCCAUCACCUCAGACUCGUGUGGAGGUAAAUGCCACAGCAGUGCAAAUUGUCUGCUGAAAGUAGAUGACAGGACAUAUUACUGUAACUGUGCGGCUGGAUAUGAAGGAAACGGUACACACUGCACAGCGGUGAAUCCAUGUGAAAAAGAUAACGGGGGCUGCUCCUACAAUGCUGUGUGUAAGAGGACUGUCCCAGGGCGCAGACAGUGUGUGUGUAAGCCUGGCUAUGCAGGGGAUGGAAAAGUGUGUGUGUCUAUCAACCCGUGUCUGGAUGGGAAUGGAGGCUGCAAUGAAAAUUCAGACUGCAUACACACAGGCCCCAACAAGACAGCAUGUGUGUGUAAACCAGGAUAUACUGGAGAUGGAAAAAAAUGUGCGCCGAUCAACUUGUGUAACAAGAAAAAUGGAGGCUGCCACAAGCUUGCCACGUGUACCAUGACCAGCCCAGGAGAGAGGAACUGCAGCUGCCCAGCAGAACUUAUCGGAGAUGGAAUGUACUGCAAAGACAAUGUCAUGCAGGAGAUCCGAAACCGAGACUUGAGCGACUUCUUCUACAGUUUGCUGAGGGCUGAUGCCUAUUUUCUUCAAGGCCGUGGUCCGUACACUGUGUUUGCUCCAAAUAAACAAGCAUUUAAUAAGCCAGAAUAUAAAAAGCCAGAGAAUAAAAUGAGCAGCGCUGCACUCAUGUUGUAUCACAUUGUGCCCUGUCGGAGUUUACUUGUGGAGGACCUCACACAGCCUCGCAACCUCACCACCCUCACUGGAGAGAUCCUCACCAUUUCAUACUCUCAGGGGACGGUGUACAUCAAUAACAAAGUCAAGGUGGUGUACAGCGACCAAGAAAGCAGCAAUGGGAUUUUUCAUGAGAUCGACAGUGUUCUGAUACCACCCAGUUUUCAGAAGAUAAAUGAAUUGAGCAAGUCAUACAAUCCCGAACUCAAAGAAAUCGCAGACAAUCAUGGCUUUAAGACCUUUUUCAAACUGUUGGAGGAUACAGAGGUUCUGAAAAAGGUAAUGGACAAGCUGCACCAGCCGGCCACACUCUUCCUGCCCACUGACUCCACCAUGGCUUCUCUGCCUCAAGAACAGAAGGACUUCCUGUAUGGCCAACAUAACCGUGCUCAGCUGGUGGAGUAUCUCGAGUACCACAUCCUGCGUGAUACAAAGGUGCUUCCUGCAGAGUUGGUCCACCACCCACUGAACACUCUUCAGGGCUCAGAUAUCUCUGUGAGCUGCGCUGGAGAGCAACAAAUAGGACAGCUGUAUAUCAAUGAGAAAAGUUGUCGAUUUGUAAAGAUGAACCUGAAUUUCAACGGAGGAAUUGUUUAUGGUAUUGACUGUCUGUUAACACCUCCCAGUCUUGGAGGACGCUGUGACCAGAAGGACGUCAUAGACAUAACAAUGCCCUGCAGACGUUGCAGUAAUUUACCAUAUCCCCCUGAUUGUCCUGCUACUAGCAAAAAACAGACUAUACAGAAGUGUGACUUGCCUAAGCGUCUCUUGGCGGUGAACGCUGGCUGCCAGUCCGUAUGCUCUAUGGUGAUCUGGAAGCCGAAGUGUUGCUCAGGUUACUAUGGCAGAGACUGUCUUGCUUGUCCCGGAGGGUCCGGAUCCCCCUGCAGUAAUCAUGGACAGUGCGAUGAGGACCGUCUUGGUAAUGGCACCUGUACAUGUAAUGCAGGCUUUCAGGGUGUGGCAUGUGAACUGUGCACCGAGGGCCGGUUUGGGCCGGACUGUAAAGCCUGUAACUGCUCUGAACAUGGGUCAUGUGAUGAAGGUAUAGAAGGCACAGGCUCCUGUUUUUGUGACGAGGGAUGGACUGGUCCAAGAUGUGAUCAUAAAUUGGGUUCUGGUCCUCUGUGCAUUCCCUCCUGCCAUGAAAAAGCAGUGUGUACGGAGAACAGCACCUGUGUGUGUAGGCCUUUCUACGUGGGAGAUGGGAUCACCUGCACAGUGGCAGACCUGUGCCAGUUCUGGAACGGAGGCUGCUCGAAGAACGCUAAGUGCUCUCAGACCGGGGAGAAGGUGACCUGCACCUGUCCAAAAGGCUACACUGGAGACGGCUAUGUCUGCUCACUGCAGGAUCUCUGUGUUACAGAGGAUAAUGGAGGCUGUCACGAGCAUGCCAUCUGCACCGUAACUGGACCUGGGAAGAGGAAGUGUGAAUGUAAGCCUGACUACAUCGGGGACGGGCUGCAGUGUGAACUGAAGGAGCUACCAGUGAACCGCUGUAUGCAGGAUAACGGCCAGUGCCAUUCAGACGCCCAGUGCACCGACCUGCACUACCAGGAUAAAACGGUUGGCGUCUUCCAUUAUCGUUCUCCACUGGGUGUAUACAAACUCAACUACACACAGGCCCAGGAGAGCUGCCAGCAAGAGGGAGGAACCAUCGCUACAUACGUACAGCUCUCCUACGCUCAGCAGGCAGGAUACAGCAUGUGUUCUGCAGGAUGGCUCGCAGAAAAGCGUGUGGGUUAUCCAAUGAGCUACUCCCGCCCUACCUGUGGUUUUGGUCACGUGGGCAUCGUGGACUAUGGCACUCAAACAGAUUUAAGCAAGAAUUGGGACACAUUCUGCUACCGGAUAAAGGAUGUGAAGUGCGAGUGUAAGGUUGGCUACAUUGGUGAUGGAUACUCCUGCACUGGAAACCUCCUGCAGGUUCUUUCCACCAAGCCCAACUUUUCCAACUUUUUAUCUCAAAUUCUGAACUACUCCAAAGCUUCAACAGCAGGACAGGAGUUUGUAAAGCGUCUCAGCAACAUCACUGUCCAAUCCACGCUGUUUGUCCCUGAUAACAACGGCCUGUAUGACAAUGAGACGCUGUCCUACAGAGAUUUAGAGCACCACCUGCUGGACGGGAGGGCUUUAAUACUGCAGGCGCUCAUUAACGUGACCCACGUUCGAACACGUCUGGGCCACACACUGAAUGUGAAAGGGGUUCCCAGCCUCAAGAACCCUCAAUCACAGUCUUCCUCUGGAUACAUCAACGAUCGGUAUGUCAUUGAACCAGACGUCUUGGCAUCCAAUGGAAUCAUUCAUGUGCUGCAAGGGCCUUUGAAAGCUCCGCCUCCUCCUCCUCCAUCACUGCCACAGUCCCAUAAAGCAGGGAUGGGAGUCGGUGUUCUGCUGCUAAUAGUUCUUAUAAUUGGUGCUAUAUUUGUGGCCUACCAUUUCUACAACCAACAAUCCAAACCAUUCCAGUUUCACUACUUUAAGGAGGAUGAGAGAGAGGACACCAGCCCGUCCGACUCCACUCCGUAUAUGUGCAACCCCAUGUAUGAGUCCAGCCCUGCCCCCACUGCCCCAGAACCCCCUGUGGAAAAUAAGGAUGAUGAUAAGCAUCAGGUGGUUGCCAGUGGAUCCUAUGAUCUUCUCCAGGACAGUUGAAGAGAUCUGAUCUCCUGCAGAUCGAUGGAAGAAGGAAGGAUAAGGCUGCUGCAGUUCUUUGGACGACCACAGCAGGGCAGCAGUGUAAAGAGUUCCACAGCAAGAGAAGCCGAACUGAAAUGAACUGGAGGAUGAUGAUGAUCCAGCACGCUGGGCAGUGCUUUUCUAGCAAUGUGCACAGAACUGUAUGUGUGUGUGUUCUGGUGGAUGGUUACUUUUUGUUUUUUUUGUUUUUUUUGUUCUUAAUUUCUUUUGGUAUAAUGUGAUUUUAAUGUUUUUUUUCUUUGGACCAAAUAAAGACAGAAAUAAAAGGAAUUAACAUCUGUGAUUCACAAAUUAUGAAGGUUGAUUAUCAGAGGUGUCAAGUAAUUAAGUAGAAAUGUUGGUAAUCUAUACUUUACUGGAGUAAUACUUUUGUAAUUAUUUUAUAUAAUAAUUGAAAUUGCCUCCUUAUGUCUAUUUAUUUCAGUCCUUUUUUUAUUCUGGCUUCUCAUCAUUUAAUAAAACCCCCUAUCCAGAUAAAUCUCUCCAUCCAGAUAGAUUAAAUCUGAUUGUGAUUGGAUGUGGAAAGGUGUAUAUAUACACAUAUACAAUGUGUUUUUUGGAGAAGGAGAAGCUUUUGUUUAUAAUGCCAUUUUCCCCCUUACAUUACUGUUACUUUUAUCCUCCUGAGACCCGGACUUUAGCUUGGUGUCUUUUUUGGUGUAACUUUGUCUUAAAGGAAAGCAUUUUUGCAAAAAUAAAAAAUAAAUAAAAUAAAAUAAUAAUAG